AUGCAAUCUGCACUUCUGUUGCUCGCCUCCGCUGGCGCUGUGUCCGCCCAGCUGGCCACUACCUCAGAGCCGUCGCUCUCGCAGAUCCAGCAGGCUGCUGCGACUGUCGUCCCUUCCUCGCCCACCUCCAACGUCGGGGGCGCGGUGUUCAAGAACUUCUACCAGGUCUGGCUGGAGAACAUUGAUUACGAUGCCGCUGCUGGCGACGAGAACCAAAAGUACCUGGCCUCCAAGGGUAUCACCCUGACCAACUACUGGGCCGUCGCUCACCCCUCCGAGCCCAACUAUGUCUCCGCUGUCGGUGGUGACCAGUUUGCCAUGGACAAUGAUGACUUCAUCCAAAUUCCCGCCAACAUCUCCCACGUCGCCGAUUUGCUUGACACCAAGGGCAUUUCCUGGGGUGAAUACCAGGAAAACACCCCCUACCCCGGUUUCCAAGGCUUCAAUUACUCCAACCAGAAAACCUAUGCCAACGACUAUGUUCGUAAGCACAACCCUCUGAUCAUCUUCGACUCGGUCGCCUCCAAUGCCACUCGCUCGACUCGCAUCAAGAACUUCACUUCCCUCUGGGACGAUGUCGCGAACAACAAGCUUCCGCAGUGGGCUUUCAUCACUCCCAACAUGACCAAUGAUGCUCAUGACACCAACAUCACCUUUGCCUCGGUCUGGGAACGCGGUUUCAUUGAGAAGUUGGAGAACUCGACUGACUUCUGGAACGAGUCCCUAAUUCUGCUCACCUUUGACGAGACUGAGCACUACCCCAUCGGUAACCGUAUUUUCUCCAUCCUUCUCGGAGGUGCCGUCCCCAAGGAGCUGGUUGGAACUACUGACGAUACUUUCUACACCCACUACUCCACUCUGUCCACCGUCGAAGCCAACUGGGGUCUCCCAUCUCUGGGCCGAUGGGAUUGCGGUGCUAACAUCUUCCAGUUGGUGGCCGACAAAGUUGGAUACACCAACUACAAGGUUGACACUAGCAACUUGUACCUCAACUCUUCCUUUAUUGGCCCUCUUUCCACCAAUGAUUACUCUAACUACUCGUCUGUCUGGGCUGCUCCUGCCACCGGCAACGAGACUUGUGCUGCUGGCCAUGGUAUUCUUCAAGCUGUCAAGGACACAUGGGGCAAGUUGACUCCCACGUACAACUACACCUCUCCCUUCCCUUACGAUACCGUUUCCGGCAAGGACAUCAAGGUUUCCUUCUCCCGCAACGGCACUACUUGGAUCUCCGGUGUGAACGACACCAAGAUCGCUACCACCACCUCCGGUACUUCUCCUUCCUCUACUUCCUCCACUGCCGCUGCCACCAGCUCUGGUGCUGCGUCUGUGAAUGGUGUCUCGGGUGGCUUGGCUCUUGCCUUGAGUUCCUUUAUUUCCUUUGCUGCAAUUCUGUAA